CAGCGGAAGUAAGCAACAAACGUUGAGUAGCGUGAGCUGAAAGCACGUUUUGAAAUAGCGGAAAGACAACAUUGUAGUCGUAGCGCAAAUACAUAUUUGUUUGUAAUUAUCAGUAAUGUCUUCCGUUGAUUCUUAUAGGGAGUUUGUUAAAGAACGACUAAAUGCUGCUGCUGAAGAAAUAUUAGGAGUUUUUAUGAAAGCUAUCAUCCAGUACGAGGAACAGAUCGACCGUCAGCGCAGACUGUUGGAUAUCGUUUGGAAACCUGAAAUAAAGUUACACCGAAUAGAGCUACCACAGCAACAUUUCUGUGAGGAGGAGAAGGAGGUUCCUGCUUACCAGCAGCUCUGUAUUCAGGAGAGGAACUCCAGUCUGAAACAAGAGGACCCAGAGCCUCCACAAGUUAAAGAGGAAUCGGUGGAACCCCGCAUCAGUCAGGAGGGAGAGCAGCUUGUAGUGAAGCAGGAGACUUCUACUUAUGAGGAAAGUGACCUCAGUGGAGAUCAGACUAUUUACGUGAAACCUGAUGACACUUUAAGUUCAGUGGAGAUAGAGUCUGUGUUCAGCAUACCAGUUAUAAGCUCUGUGCUACAUGAUGCAACCAGUGAUCACCAGCUCCUCUCUGAUGUUCAAGCAGAGCCAAAACAACAGAACAGACCCCAUGAAACCAGAAUUCUUAUUAACAAUGUAACCAGCCUUUACGUGGACCAACAGGACCCAGAGCCUCCGCAGGUUAAAGAGGAACCGGAGGAACUCUGCACCAGUCAGCAGGGAGAGCAGCUUGUAGUGAAGCAGGAGACUCCUACUUAUGAAGAAAGUGACCACAGCAAACAUCAGACUAUGUACUUGAAUCCUGAUCACACUUUAAGCGCAGCAGAGACAGAGUCUCCAGUCAUCAUACCAGUUAUAAUCUCUGAGCUACAUGAUGCAACCAGUGACCACCAGCUCCUCUCUGAUGAUCGCUGCAGGCAUAGAGACUCAGGAUCAACAACAAGGGCAGAGCCAAACCAACAGAAAAGUCAACAUAAAACCACAAGUCAAAUGAACAAUGUAAGCAGCCCUAACCUGUUUGAGGAUAACUGUAAUACUGACCAAGGUAAAAAGUCUUUCAAAUGUGACACCGUUUGUGGUAAAGCUUUUGGAGAGGGUUGUAAGUUGACACUCCACAUGAGAACCCACACAGGUGAGAAGCCAUACGCUUGCAGUACUUGCAAGAAAAGAUUUUCUGACAGUUCAACAUACAAAAGGCAUAUGAGAAUCCACACAGGUGAGAAGCCGUACGCUUGUAAGGUUUGUGGGACCGCUUUCGCACGUCAUGAUUACUUGAAAAAACACAUGAAAUCCCACGCAGUUUAGAAUCAACAUUCUUGCAAAAUAUCAGGAAAUGGUUUCAAAAUGAGUCGUGACCUGAAAAUACACAUGAGAAUCCAAAACAGCUGAGAAGCUGUAGACUUUGUAUACGUGGCAGAGCUUUAAGACAGAGUGGUGAAUUGAUCAUCCACAUGACAAUCUAACACAGGUGAAAGAUUUUGGAUGUAAUAGUAGCUUGUUGGCCACAUGAGAAAAGGCCACUUUGGUGCAAAGCUCUUAAAAAGAUUUUUUUUUAAAACACUGAGCUGAUACUCCAGUAGAAAUGUGCUGGUCAACUGAAGGAAAUGCACCUUUGCAGCAGCAACAUCUCUGUCCCUGAAUGUAAAGUAUUUUCCACACAGAUUAGAUUUGAAUAUGUUAAGGUAAAGUUUCCUUUGAUAUGACUGGAUUAAAAUAAUGAUGUGAUCCUGAUUGUUGUUGUUUUUUUCAAAUGUCCAUUUAUAAAAUAUGUCUGAAUGACUUUACAGUUUAAGACGCACUCAAAAUCUAGCAUGUGAUAGUUCUAUAUGAACAGUCCAAAACAUUUUUACAAAAAGUCAGAUUUUACAUUUGAAAUCGGCUGGCUUCUGUUUUAAACUACCAUGAAAAACAUCAUGUUGAAUGUAGGUGUGCCGUCUUGCUUUUUUAUUUCUUUUCUUUUUUUUUUUUUUAACAAACUCCCACAUUUAUAGACCUGGCCACAUUUUUGGAAAUUCCCUUAAAUGACAUGCUGUAAUUUGCUGUCAAUGGUGUUACAGCCGCCUCUGUAACCAACGAAAAUGGGGGACCAGAUCAGUCGAGUAAAAUUAAAUGAGCAUUAAAAAAUUUUUUUUUAAA